AUGGGCGUCUGCUCGUCGUCGUUGACCGAUGAGGAGAAGGCUACUAUGAAAAGCCAAGAGGAGACACAUCGAAAAAUCGAGGACGAGCUGCGGAAAGAUGUGGAAAAUGAUAAGACGGUCAUCAAGCUCUUGUUGCUAGGUCCCGGCGAAUCCGGAAAGAGUACUGUGCUCAAGCAGAUGAGAAUCAUCCACAACAACGGCUUCACCGACGCGGAGAAGGUGGCCCGUCGCGAAGCGGUGUGGAACAACACCGUCCAGUCGAUGUACAUGCUGAUUUGUGGGCUGGAGAGGAUCGGGUACCAAGUGCUCGAUAAGAAUAUGCGCCACCUGGAGUUGAUCAAGAAGACGGUCGGUGACAAGAAGGACUGGGAUCCGAUCACUGAAGAUGUCUGUAACUCGAUCAAGGCACUGUGGGAUGAUAAGGGAAUUCGCGCCGCGUACGAGCGUCGCAGCGAAUUCCAGCUCAACGACAGUGCCGUUUAUUUCUUCGAGGCCGUCGAGCGCACCUCCCGGCCCCACUACAUUCCCUCGGUCCAGGAUAUUCUGAUGACACGCGUCGCGACGAGUGGUGUACAAGAGAUACGAUACACGUAUAAGGAGAUCGAAUUCAAGAUCUACGACGUCGGCGGCCAAAAAUCGGAGCGCCGGAAGUGGAUCCACUGUUUCGACAGUGUUGACGCGCUCCUCUUUGUCGUCGCAAUCUCAGAAUAUGAUCAAACGCUGAGAGAGGAUGGGGUUACGAAUCGAUUGCGAGACUCGCAGAUUCUGUUCAAAGACAUCAUCAACAAUGACUAUUUGAGGAGGGCACAGGCAAUUCUAUUCCUGAACAAAAAGGAUCUUUUUGCCGAGAAGAUCACGAGGGUUCCGCUUUCCAUAUGCUUCACCAAAUAUACAGGCACAAACAGCUACGAGGAGUGCACGGAAUACAUGGAAAAGCGCUUCCUACACCUAAAUGCCGACCCGGAUAAGAUGCUCUACAUCCAUAUAACUUGCGCUACGGACACGAAUCAGGUUCAACUCGUCCUCACCUCCGUCACCGACAUGAUCAUCGCCGAGAAUUUCAAGCAGACGGGUGUCAUG